AUGAAAGCUGAUUAUGAAGAGCACAAUGCUAUUUUGAUCGCUCGUUGCAUGAUGCAGAUCAAGGCAAAGUUUGAUACUGAUGAAGGUCUGAACUUCAUUCAACAGUAUUACAUCAACCAAGGACUGAAGAAGUUUGGUGAUGAUGGAAAGAAUGCUGUGGAUAAGGAAUUGAGACAAAUGCUCCUGAGAGAUUGUUUCACUCCCAAAUUUGUUAAAGAGGACAUGUCCGUAUCUGAGCAAAAGAAGGCCCAAUCAGCAACGAUGUUACUUGUGGAGAAGCAAUUUGAAAAAACAAUUAAAGGUCGCCUAGUAUACUGUGGCAAUGGAACUUGUGAAUGGUUAUUGCAAGAGGACACUGCAAGUCCAACUGCUUCACCACUACUUGUGUUAUUGAUGCACACAAAGGUAGAGAUAUAA